AUGAGACGAGGAGGCAUCCCCGGGUCCAGGUCUGGCUCCAGUCCAGCUCAGACUCUGAUCAAUGGAGACUGGAAGUGCACAGUAAGCACCGUGGAGAUUUCUACAGGAGACACCGGCAACGAGAAGAACAAUCAUUUCACAGACGCCUUUACGCGAAAGGCUGCACUGAGGAACCAGAUCACAGCUCUGCAACAGGAGCUGCAGCAAGGAGCAGCAGAGAAGGAGGUCACUGAGGGAUCAGCCAACAGAGACGUCAAAGAAAGUCCGCACGUAGAAGCUUCAGCAGCUCCACCGAGAACAGCUGUGUUCAGAGAAACAGAGCUGGCUGGAUUCUGGAGCACGCAGUGCAGAAGCUGUCUGAGGACCCUGACCUCCUCUCAGGACAUUCAACACGCUCUGGAGCUCCCGGUUCAUGAGCUCCAGACAAAGCCCUCCAGGAUACCCAGAGGUCCGAAGAAGAAAAAAAGUCUGAAAGGUCAGGUGACCGAGCUCAGACAGGUCCUGCUCGAUGAGAAACAAGAGACUGAGAAUUUGUGGAGUAAGGAGGAGGAACUAAAGAGCAACAAUAUGAAAAUACUACGGAACGUCCUGCCUGCAACAGAGACGUCAAAGAAAGUCCUCACGGAGAAGCUUCAGCAGCUCCACCGAGAACAGCUGUGUUCAGAGAAACAGAGCUGGCUGAUCCUGGAGCAGCAGGUGCAGAAGCUGUCUGAGGACCUGACCUCCUCUCAGGACUACAACACUGCUCUGGAGCUCCAGGUUCAUGAGCUCCAGGACAAAGUCAACGGGCUGCACAAGAAAAAGAGGAGGAGGAGUUGGUGGUGUUUCUAA